UCCCCAAUAAAUAAAUUUUCCCUCCACAUCCACUCUCCCUCUCCCAGUCUCCCAGUCUCCCAGUCUCUCUCCCUCCGUGUUCUGCUCCGAGAAACUAAAUAAUAUAUUUUUCAGAGUCCCGGCAGCAAGCAGAGAGCAAUUCUAGCGGCAGCAUGGGAGAUGUCGGCAGCGGGUUCUCCUCCGCGGCCGGCAUCUUCCGCAGCCUCUGCUCCCCCCCGCCGCCUCCCUCGGCCGGCGACUCUGAUUCCUCCCUCCCAGAAUUCCUCUUCUCCCUCGCCCCGCCCCCGCCGGCCGACAAGCCCGCCUUCGUCGACGCCUCGUCCGGGCGCUCCCUCUCCUUCGCCGACCUCCGCCGGCUCUCCGGCGCCGCCGCCUCCGCCCUCUCCGCCCUGGGCCUCCGGCGCGGGCACCUCGCCCUCCUCCUCUCCCCCAACUCCCUCCCCUUCCCCGCCCUCGCCCUCUCCGUCCUCUCCCUCGGCGCCCUCCUCUCCACCCCCAACCCCCUCCUCACCCCCUCCGAGCUCCACGCCCUCGUCCUCGACUCCUCCCCCUUCCUCGUCCUCGCCACACUCGACCUCGCCCCCAAGCUCCGUUCCCUGCGCACCCCCCUCCCCCUCCUCGUCCUCGUCGAGCCCUUCCUCUCCUCCCUCCGAUUAAACCCCGGCCCCAUCCCCAUCCCCGCCGUUCGGGUCUCCCCCCACGACCCCGCCACGCUGAUGUACUCCUCCGGAACCACCGGGAAGAGCAAGGGCGUCGUCGCCACCCACCGCAACCUCGUCGCCAUGGCGCGCGUGCUCCGCCACGUGUGGGGGUCGGAGGAGCACGUGUACGGGUGCGCCGUGCCCCUGUUCCACAUGUUCGGGUUCUCGGUGUUCGUGUGCGGGGCCAUCGCCGCGGGGGCCACCACGGUGAUGGUCGGCGCGGAGGGGCGGCGGUUCGCGGCGGAGGAGGUGAUGCGCGCGGUGGCGGCGCACCGCGUCACGCGCCUCCCCGCCGUCCCCCCCAUGGUCGUGCAAAUGGCGCGCGCGGCGCGCAAGGCCCAGCAUUUCGACCUCUCCUCCCUCCGCGAGGUCAUCUCCUCCGGCGCCCCCCUCGCCCGCCAACAUUUGGAGCGCUUCGGAAUGUGCUUCCCCCUCGUCAGGCUCUCGCAGUGCUAUGGUUUGACGGAAACGAGUGGGCCAGUGACAUUGUGUGAUGGGGUUAACGGGAGGCUGCACCUGUCCAUAGGGAGGCUGAUCCCAACAGUGGAGGCCAAGAUAGUGGAUGUGCGGACAGGGAAGCCACUCCCACCGAACAAAGAUGGGGAGUUAUGGAUUAGAGGCCCCCCUGUUAUGCAAGGCUAUUUGAACAACCAAGAAGCUACAGCUCUCGCCAUCGACGAAGAAGGAUGGCUCCGCACGGGAGACCUGUGCUACGUCGACACGGAUGGGCUCAUCUACGUUGUCGACAGGAUCAAAGAGCUCAUAAAAUACAAGGCUUAUCAGGUAGCCCCAGCAGAGCUUGAAGAGAUCCUCUCCUCCCAUCCUGAUAUUCUGGAUGUUGCUGUGACAUCGCACCCAGAUGAGGAGGCCGGUGAGAUUCCCAUGGCAUGCGUAGUGAGAAGAGGAGAGAGCAAAAUCAAAGAAGAGGAUAUAAUUUCAUUUCUGGAGAAUAAGGUGGCUCCCUACAAGAAGAUUAGGAAGGUGGUGUUCUUAGAAUACAUCCCAAGAUCGCCUUCAGGGAAGAUCCUGAGGAGACUUCUGAAGGCCACAGCUUCAAAUCAACAGAAAUUAGAAGUCUCCGCCAGGCUAUAAACAUAUAUUCAUUGAGACAUAGACGUCGGAAUAACAAACAACAAAUGCUAUGAAAUUAUAGCUAUAUCUACUAUAUUAUUCUUUUGUUAUAAACAAUUGCUAAUGUUGGAAAUCGAGGGUAAAGGAUUAUUUACAUAUGUCCUUAAUAUUCAGGUAAUCAUUGUUUGUUUAUCAUAUAUUUGUAACACAAAUAUUAGUUGCGAAGUUACGAUUAUUUCUUGCCUUUGGUUCA